AAUCAGUUCUCAGACGAGCAAGUCGAUGAGAGGCAGAACGUAAAUGAUGAAAAUCUCCUGGCCUUCUUGCUCGUAUAUGUAGUAAAAUAGUUAAUGAACUUUAAAAACUUGGAUGGAGCCGUUUACGAGGCUCAAACAAGCAGGAGCAAGUUAUUUCAGCUCAUUGGUGACUUAAAAAACCCUAAGCUGAAGGAGCAGGCUUUACUUGAGCUUAACAAAAACAGAGAAUUUUUUCCUGACUUAGCUCCCCUAUUAUGGUUUUCAAUAGGUACUGCAGCUGCGUUAGUCCAGGAGAUAAUGGUUAUUUAUCCUCUGUUAUCUCCGCCUGUUUUAACCAGUCAAGCAUCCAACCGCGUAUGUAAUGCACUUGCACUUUUGCAGUGUCUUGCGUCUCAUCCUGACACUAGAAAUCUUCUACUAAAAGCACACAUCCCGAUGUUAGUGUAUCCCUUCCUGAACACCACCAAUCCCGCACUUCCUUUUCAAUAUUUGCGUUUGAGAAGCCUCGGUGUUAUUGGUGCUUUAGUGAAAACGGACGACCCUGAAAUUAUUGGGUUUUUUUUGUCCACUGAGCUUGUUCCAUUGUGUUUAAGAAUCAUGGAGAUUGGAGCUUCGCUUUCUAAGACGGUAGCAACCUUUAUAGUGCAAAAAAUACUUCUAGACGAGUCCGGGCUGAACUUUGUGUGCCAGUCCUCCGACCGUUUUCUCUCCAUCGUCACUGUGCUCGGCUUGAUGGUGCAGAGUCUGCUUGAAAGCCACAGACUGCAAGGAACGCUGGAGCCGCAAACCGCUCGCCUCUUCCGCCACAUCAUCCGUUGUUAUCUGCGUCUCUCGGAAAAUCCAAAAGCACGCGAAGUAUUGAAAAAAUGUCUUCCGGAUCCACUGAAACAUCCAUUAUUUACUCAAUUUCUUAAAGAUGAUUCUUUAGCUAAGAAAUGGCUCAAACAACUUUUAUUAAACUUGUCUUCACUAUAA